GACAUUGAUUGGAGGAAGGGUUACACAAAAGUGGGUCAUCUUUGAAAAUGUCGUCUGCUAUUGAAAACAAAAAAAAAAUGUGUCUCGUGCACUUCAAUUUGGAAGAUAGAAAACGAAACUCCAACUUGUUUGGAGGGAUCGACUAGGCGGCAUGCUACAGGCUUGACCUAGAUCUAGGUGUGCAGACCAAAAAAAAUAGCUGAAGGAACUGUCCUAAAUUAUGCAUUUUCUUAAGUGCAUGCCGGGACACAUAAUGCUUUACACACACUUGGGCAGACUGUAAAUAGAGUCACGUUAUAAGCCUUACAUUUUGUGUCGCCAAUUAAAAUAAAUGGAUUCGAUUAUUCUCUAAACUAGUCCAAAGUAACAAGCACUAUAAGCUGACCACAACAAUAUCCCCCAUCAUUCCAUAGCAGCAGACGUUGGUGAUACAAGAUGGCUGAGUCGGGCGCAGGAGAGCCUAUGAUGUGCUCCACAAACAAGGAGAAGACACCAGGGAUGUCCGGAAGAGGGAAGCCUCUGUCAACAUGUAUUUCUUGUCUGCAUGGCACUCGGUCAUGGUGCCGAAAAAAUCUUCUUUUAGUGCUAACAGUUGCAGGAGUUUUGCUAGGAAUCAUCUUUGGCUUUGCUCUGCGCCCUGUACAGCCCUCAGUUGAUGCCAUCAUGUUGAUCUCUUUCCCUGGAGAUGUUUUGAUGAGGAUGUUGAAGAUGUUGAUUGUGCCUCUCAUUAUAAGUAGCAUGAUCACAGGUUUGGCUUCACUAGAUGCUAAAAACUCUGGCAAGAUGGGAUUGCGAGCUAUAAUGUAUUAUCUCUCUACUACCUUUAUAGCCAUUAUUCUGGGUAUCAUUCUUGUCUUGAGCAUUCACCCAGGCUCUUAUGAUGGAGGUGUACGUAAGAGGAGCAAAAAAAAGAAGUACACCCCCUCCUCAUUGGAUGCUUUUCUUGAUCUGAUCAGAAAUAUUUUCCCACCUAACAUCAUCCAAGCUUGUUUCCAACACACAUCCACUGUGUAUGAAGUCAGCGCUCCAGAGGAGUUCAUCACCACCAAUGCCACCGAACUGAACAGCACAGUGGCAACAACCAUUACAACCAUCAUCACCACCACCCAGAAAAGUAUCGUGGAUCUCUCCACUAACUCAACCAAUGAGACCAUUAUCACAGAGACUGUCACAAAAUGGGUCAGAACAUAUCCAAUGUCAGAUGGUGUUAAUGUGCUAGGAAUCAUCACUUUCUGUACAGCCUUUGGUAUUCUCAUCAGCAACAUGGGCCCUAGAGGUCAAAUAAUGAUUGACUUUUUUCAAGUUCUGAAUGAAAUUAUCAUGAAAAUGGUUACCAUGGUAAUGUGGUAUUCACCAAUAGGUAUCAUGUUCCUUAUCACUGGUAAAAUUCUAGAGCUUGAUGACCCUGCAAAGGUUGGAGAACAGCUGGGGAUGUAUAUGGUCACCAUUCUCCUGGGGUUGACAAUACACACAUUGAUCGUACUGCCAGCAAUUUAUUUCAUUAUUGCCCGCAAAAAUCCAUAUCUUAUAUUUUGGGGAGUAAUUCAAGCUUGGGUGACUGCCCUUGGCACAGCUUCUAGCACAGCCACUUUGCCUGUUACGUUCAGGUGUCUUGAGGAGAACCUUCACAUUGACAAGAGGGUGACGCGGUUUGUCCUUCCCAUUGGUGCCACCAUAAACAUGGAUGGAACAGCUCUUUAUGAAGCUGUGGCCCCAAUAUUUAUUGCACAGAUGAAUGGCAUGGAAUUAGGAUUUGGACAAAUUGUGGCUAUCAGCCUGACAGCUACUUGUGCUAGUAUAGGUGCAGCAGCUAUCCCUAGUGCUGGAUUGGUGACCAUGAUCAUGGUACUGACAUCUGUAGGUAUCCCAGCUGAUGACAUCAGCCUCAUUCUGGCAGUUGAUUGGUUCUUGGAUCGCUUCCGUACAUCAACCAAUGUACUCGGAGACAGCUAUGGAGCUUGCGUGGUGGAACACUUAUCCCAAAAAGAACUUCAGCUGGAUCCUCAUGUUAUUGAUGAUGGACCUGGAUUAGACCUUCAUGAAAAUCAGAAAAGAAAAUCUUUGACUAACAGCCAAAAAGGUGGCAUAGAAGAUCAACUUUAAGUGCUUUGUUCUACUCAUAAUUUCAGGAUGAAUGAAAAAAAAAAAGAAUUACUAUUUGAUACUAAAAUU